AUGUCCGUGACAAUACGAGAUGGAAACUCUUUAUUCAUAAUAAAUUAUGUGACACAGAUCCUCUGCUUCGCGCUUGUCACACCCUUGGUGCUUUUGCGGCUCUUUGUUCGAUGGAAAGUGAUACAUAAGCUGGGCGUGGACGAUGGUAUGCAUGCCUUGUUGUUUUAUUGGAUGGACGGCUUCGCUGGGGGCUCAUAUCAUUCAACUGAGCUUGAUUCGCAUCAAUAUGAGCAGUGCAUCAAGGCAAGACACCGAUCUCGAUUUUUUCUUUUCUUUUUUUACGGCCCCCGAGCUAACCGACUGCAGAUCUCUUAUAUUGCCACGGCUAUCUAUGCCCCGACAGCUCUCUUCGUCAAAGUCAGCCUAAUUACCAUUUUAAUCAGGGUAUUUCAGCCUUACUACAAGGCUAUGGUAUCACUUUAUGUUCUCCUUGGCACAGUCAUCGGGUAUUAUACCAUCAUCACAUUUAUCAAAAUCUUCAUCUGUAACCCCGUCUCUGCUUAUUGGGUCGAGUCCAAACAAGCAGAUGCAACAUGUCUCAGCCAGCCAGGCGUUAUUAUUGCAGAUUCCGUGAUCAGCUUCAUCACUGAUGUUGCUAUUUUCGCUUUCCCUGUGGCAUUUACUUGGACGCUGCAGAUGCCACUCUGGAAAAAAGUCAAAGUAAUGGUUCUGCUUGGUUUCGGCGGUAUAGCUGUUGCGUUCAGUCUCUUCAGACUUGUCGUUGGAAUUCAUGAAAAGGAUCAACCCCGUGAAACGACAAUGUUCAUGACCUCAAUUCUUACAGCGAAUGCCGAGGUCGGAUUCGGUCUUAUAUGCGCUUGUCUCCCGGCAAUUAAUGUUCUUUUAAGCUGGACACGACGGAACUCUUCUUCUGUUAAGGCAUAUUUCACUCGCAAUCGCAAGACGGAUAAGCAAUCGCAAAGUAUCUAUGAUGGACCGACUUCGAGGUCGGGACCCGGUCGCAAUCAGUUUCUGAAGAGUCAAUUGAGUUCUUUUGCGCGAAGAGGCUCUACGGAUUCGGCUGGGUUGAUUGCGAACCAUGCACAGGCGGGCGUUUCGGGGGAGAAACUAGCGAUUCGAUAA